CAGCUAGCGAGGACGGCGAUGUGGUGGCCUCGCUAGCACUAGCUACUAGCUGGCUGGCAACUGCAGUGACUGAGUGACCCCCCGACGACGAUCUUUCGCCGGCAGCUGCUCCGCCUAUAAAUCCCCAGCUCCCAGCCGCCCCCAUCCGAUACCGUCGUCUCAAACACAACACGACCCAAACCGGCCAAAUCACACUUCACACACUGUUUCUUCUAUCUCUCUCGCUCGUGUGCUGCUCUGAGAGUCUGAGUUGUUGAAGCACGGUUGAGAUGGAGAGGGAGCUGGGGUGGCGGUGGAGAGCGGCGGCGGCGUGGUGGUUCGCGGUGGCCGUCGGGUGCAGCCUGGUGGGGAGCGGCAGCGCUGGGCUGCUGGAGAGCAACCCAGGGCUGGCGUACAACUUCUACCAGAAGUCGUGCCCCAACGUGGACUCCAUCGUCCGCAGCGUCACCUGGGCGCAGGUCGCCGCCAACCCGGCGCUCCCCGGCCGCCUCCUCCGCCUCCACUUCCAUGACUGCUUCGUCCAGGGGUGCGACGCGUCGAUCCUGCUGGACAACGCGCAGAGCGAGAAGACGGCGGGGCCGAACCUAUCGGUGGGGGGAUACGAGGUGAUCGACGCCAUCAAGGCGCAGCUGGAGCAGGCGUGCCCCGGGGUGGUGUCGUGCGCGGACAUCGUGGCGCUCGCGGCGCGCGACGCCGUGUCGUACCAGUUCAAGGCGUCGCUGUGGCAGGUGGAGACGGGCCGGCGGGACGGGCCCGUGUCGCUGGCGACCAACACCGGCACGCUGCCGUCGCCGUUCGCCGGGUUCAACGUCCUGCUCCAGAGCUUCGCCAACCGGGGGCUCAACCUGACCGACCUCGUCGCGCUCUCCGGCGCGCACACCAUCGGCAAGGCCAGCUGCUCCAGCGUCACGCCGCGGCUGUACCAGGGGAACGCCACCAGCCUCGACCCGCUGCUGGACUCCGCCUACGCCAGGAGGCUCAUGUCGUCGUGCCCCAACCCGUCGCCGUCGUCCUCCACCAUCGACCUCGACGCCACCACGCCGCUCAAGUUCGACAGCAGCUACUACACCAACCUGCAGAACAAGCAGGGCGCGCUCGCCUCCGACGCCGCGCUCACCCAGAACGCCGCCGCGGCGCAGAUGGUGGCCGACCUCACCAACCCGAUCAAGUUCUACGCCGCGUUCUCCAUGUCCAUGAAGAAGAUGGGCCGCAUCGACGUGCUCACCGGCAGCAAGGGCCAGAUCAGGAAGCAGUGCCGCGCCGUCAACACCUCCUGAUCACCAUACAGACGACAUAUUCUCUUCUUGCUUUCUUGAAUCCCUUUUCUUCUUCUUCUUCUUCUUCUUCUUCUCCUCUCGUUUCAUCGGCGCUGAUCAAAAUAUAUUGUGCGCCAUGAUUAAUUUAAGGUCCCGAUGCUCUAUUAAUUUGUUAAGUGCUCGAUUUGAUCGUUCAAGGUGUAACAUUUGUUCAUCUUGGCCUUCGUCGCCAAUCUAAUCGAAAAGUGAAAGAAGGCAGCUCGUUCUUUCUUCUGCUGCUUCCAAAACAAACAAAAAAAAA